UCCCACAGCCUAUAGUGCCUGAUAGAGACACAGAUCAUAUACUGCUUGCUGCCUUGGGGGAAUUUCACUGAAAAGCCUCUGAGACCGAUUCUAAGGUACUGGUGUUCCCAGGUCCUGUACAGAUAUCGAGUUAAGACUGAAUGUUGUUUUGAGACAGAGAACUUUGAUCCAAAAGGAGGAUGGUCUUGAUCUGGAAUCAUAUUCUUUGCAUGAUCAUUACACUUGUUGAAAAAAAUUAUAUGGCAUUGAGUGGACUCUCAGUUCCAAAAACUGCUUUGUUUAUCAGGUUGUGAAGACCAACGGCAUCAAGGGGCAUAACCAUGGAUCCUCAACAAAGAGAUCAAGCCAUUCGCCAGGGCCAGUCUGGACCAAUGCCUUUCCCUCAGGAGGCACAGAACAACCUGCAGAAUUUCCUAAAGGGGAAGCCAGUUAUUCUUGGGGUGAGCCAAAUCGUGAUUGGCUUAAUGAAUAUUUAUCUAUGGCUUAUGGUAAAAGUCUUCCUUUCAUUCUAUGAACGAUAUCUAGUCCCAGGGAAUGCUGCAUAUUUCUUCAUUUUCCUUUUGGGACCAAUUUUUUUAAUCAUAUCCGGAACUGUGUCUAUUGUGUCUGGAAAGAAGACAACAAAACAGAUGAUCUGUGGCAGCGUUGGAGCAAACACUGUGGCAGCCGUAUCAACAGGAUUGUCACUAAUAAUCCUUGCACUCAGAAUGACCCUAUCCUAUUACUUCUUAAACAUAUCAGCUCAUUAUUUCAUAACUGGGAUUUUGUUUAUGAAGCUUGCCCUCAUCAUCUUGGGAUUCAUCAUCUCGGUGUUGCUGUCUGCAUUUGGAUGCAGUGCUGUCUGCUGUGAUAUGACCUCCGUGGUUGUCGACUUAUCCUCCAAUGAGCAUGGACUUCCCAUAACUGUUCUUUAUCCUGACUAUGAUGAGGUGGCUUUCUAACCCACUUAGUUGUUUGAUAUGUCAACUUUUGAAUUAUUCCUGGAUUUACUCUGAAUG